AUGUACAGAUCGGACCCCAAAUUUUGUCUGAUGAGCGACGUGACCACCCACCAGUUCAAAGUGCAGCUUUUGGACGCCUACCUUCAAGUGUGCAAAGUCAAGGUCAACCCGGCCCUCCUCAUGGCUCAUGAUUCUCUGUUUAAGACUUCCAACGCGUUGUAUCCCUAUGUCAAAAGCGAGGUCAAGGUCACCAGCAUUCCGAGCACGGAGCAAAGUCACACCAUCGACAACCUCUCGAGUCCCGUGGCCAGCAGGUACAUCGUCGGACUGGUGGAAAGUGCCAGCCUGAACGGCAGCUACACCGGCAAUCCGUUCAACUUCAAAUCGUCCAUGGUGAAAAAGAUCACCCUCUACGUCAACGGAGGCAGUGUUCCUGGUCAGCCAAGCCGAGCGGACGAUGUCGCCACCUAUGUAAGCAUGUUGGACGGUAUGAACGUGUGGAACCAAGACAAAGGAAACGCAAUCACCAGGACGGAAUUUCUCUUGGGAAAUGCCCUGUUCGUCUUUGACCUGGACAAGAUUUGUGUCGAUUCGGAGUAUCUCAACUUGGUGAAGACCGGAGACGUGAGACUGGAGCUGGAGUUCAAAUCGGCUCUUUCAUCAACGCUGAGCUGCAUCGUCUUGACUCAGAGAAACUCUCUCAUCGAGAUUGAUCAAGCCCGCAACGUCUUCGUCAAGUAA